CAACUUCGUUAGCUGGCUGGGUAGUGUGCGUCCGGAGAUCAUGGGCAGCGGAUCUGAGCUCCCACUGCGGAUCUGCAUGGUCUGGCUGGUCGCGGGACUGGCGACUGCGGAGGCACUCCGGUGCUACGAGUGUGCCGAUCAGGAGACGUCGUGCGGCUCUGCUGAUAAUUCGCCGGGAAGAGUGCGAGAAUGCCCGAACUCAACCAUGUGCUCGACCACCAUGCUGACCACAAUGGUGAAUGGAAAUGAGUGGAUCAGGGUGAGGCGAGGCUGUGCCACGCAGGUGGAUUUAUACUUUGACUAUAUUGGGAAGCAUUGGAAGGGGAAGUAUCGAUUGAUGGACUUACCGGAGGGCUGCAAGAAGGAGAAUGGAAUGAUGUACUGCAACUGUCGCGGAGAACUGUGCAAUACAGGAAGUCAUACGUCAGCAAAUUUCCGGUUGCCGUUCGUGCUGAUCUUAUUGGCCCUGGGCUGCGGCAAAAUCCUUCUUCCCGUCUAGUCGGCGACACUUUUUGGGGUGUGUUCUACCAGUUACCGGAACUAUGGAACUCUCUAAGGCCACAAAUAUAGUUUUAAGCAGAUUAAUGAUUUAUGUGCGACAGUUUUCAAAGGUGAAACCUUGUCAAUAAAGUCACUGAUACCAAAUAAACCCAAA